AUGCCAGGCCGUCAGCUCAUACAUAAUACCUACCACUCUUCUGCAUUCAUCUGCAGCCAAUCUUCAAGCAAUUCACACAAGGCUUCUCAGCCUUCGGGGAUCGCGCCAUCAAACUAUCGCCUUGAGUCUCUUCACGCUCAUCCGAUCUCCUGCGUCUUCCCCGCGUCUACCCCCGCACCUUCCCCCCUCUCCUCCGCCACCCCCGACGUAUUGCUCAUGGACGACCGUUUCGACUCACACGUGGCGAUCGGUCGGAACGGCCCACAUUUUGCCGACGCGAUUGAUCGCAAGAGUUACUCCGCGGACUUCUGCUCCGUUCAACGGCAGCCGUCGUCGUCGCUCGCUCUCGCCGACGAUAAUGCCCGCGUCGGCAAGGCAGGGUCUGCGAGAAGAGGCGGCGUGCGCGUCUCGAUCCGGGGAGGCCGCGCGGAGGUGAUCAACACAGACCCUGACGCGACAGACGAUUCGUCGGACGAUGACGAGGACUCGUUCGGCUUGCCAUCGCACGGAUUCUUCUCCGGCAACAACCGCAAUUCACGGAGACGCGGCCUCGCAGCCUCCACCGCGGCGGCGUCCGUCCGCUCGUCGAACUUCGCUGCUUUGCCGCGAUCCGCGGCCACAGUGCGAUUCCCGUCCGAUCCGCUUGGCGGAACUGGCAAUGCGGCGGCCUACUCGUCUGCCGCGACAUUAAACUAUUAUUUCGGGGGGCAGCAUUUCCCGUGCAGCCCCUCCCCUUACGGCUACACCGCGCAGAGGAGUUAUCACGAUGGCUUGGUUGGCGGCGCUUCGGGCGCGACGAGCGCCGGAUCGCCGGCGAUGAUUGCGACGAGCAGGAUGUCGUGCUCCGUCGCAGGCUGCUCCGCGGCAAUUGCGGAGUCGCCGUACGGCGGAGGAACCGCGAACCCCGCCGUUUUCGGCGCGUUUUACAACGGCGCAUACGGGUACUCGUAUGGGAGCUCCCCCAUUCCCGCGGCGAUGCACGGGCAUGCCCAGGAGCCGGCCGAUCACCAUCAGCAACGCCUCAAUCAAUUCCACCGUGACAUGCGGCAGCAGCAGAGCGGUUACAUUGGCGCCCCUGGCGCGCCGUCUGCGCUACACAGCUCAAUUCCCAUCCACGACGGUUCCCGCGUCGCCAACGGGUCGACGAGUCAAGCUCCUGACGGGAGCGUCGCUUCCGCCGCGAUGCGACCAGUGGUUGCCGCAUCAGGCGCAACAGGAUGUCACGCGAAUGGCGGCGAGCACAGCGAGCUGGCGCAAGCAGCGCAUCCGUCGGAGAAGCUUCUGCGCCCCCCGAUUCACCUCCCCGCCGGCAUUGCCGCCGCCGCGCCCUUCCCACCGCAUUUCCCGGGGUUCCCCGACGGCGCACACGCGCAGGCGCAGCAAGCGGGGAUGAAGCGCAAGCUGGUGAACGGCGGGAAGGCGGCGAGUGGAGUAAGCGGAGGGAGCGGAGCCAACGGAGCGAAGAGGCAGAAGGACGGCGUAGGAGCGGACGCGAGUCACAGCACGUGCAGCACCAUCACCGCCAGCGGCGGCGCCGGCAGCAGCAGCAGCGACGGCGAGCAUCCCGACGCGCAUUCCCCGCGAUCCGCGCGGGCCUCCAUCCCCACUUCCCCCGCGGCUGCGGUCUCGUCCGGUUCCCCCCCGUCCGCGAAGCACGCGAGCAGCUGCGUGUUCCGAGGCGUGCGGCAGCGGCCGUGGGGCAAGUGGGCGGCGGAGAUUCGCGACCCGACGCGCGGCGUGCGCGUGUGGCUGGGAACGUACGACUCGGCCGAGACGGCUGCUAAGGCAUACGAUGCUGCGGCGAGGGCGAUCCGCGGCUCCGCUGCCAAAACCAACUUCCCCUUGGCGGAUUGCGCGUCCGCUCCUACCGUCGCCCCUUCUGACGCUCUUGCUGCUCCUCUCAUCGCUGCUGCCGUUGCGCCUGCGCCUCUGGCUACCGCUGCUGCGCGCGACGCAACCCUCGCUCCCUCCAGGACCGCCACCGGCCGACUUGGAAACGGCAACCUCAUGGCACCGCCGGCGUCAACAGUGCACAUGCACAGCCGUCAGGGCUCGUCAGGCAACUCACUUCCCCCCGCCGCAGCUGCGGCAGCCAUGACUACACUGGGCGACGGGCAGGUGAUGAAGCCCGCUGGAGGAGUCGUCGCCUCAGGGAAGGGUUCGCGCCAUGGAUCCGGGUUUCCCAAGGAGGCAGGCGCCUUGCACGGCGCGCUCCUUCCCCGUAUCGCGAGCUGCGUGUCGUGCGUGGCGGCCGCGGACUUUGAUGUGGCCGCCCCCGCGCCUCCCGUUCCGCCGCAGGCGCUGGCGGAGGAGGCGACGACCGCAGCUGCUGCUGCUGCUGCUGCUGCUGCUGCUGCUGCUGCUGCUGCUGCUGCUGCUGCUGCUGCUGCGCGCGGUGUCAAGCUCUUUGCACAGCCUACCGCUGCUGCUGCUUCCGCGCUUGUUGUCCUCCCUGCUUCUCCUGCGAAAACUGCCAGUUUCGGUGGUAACCGAGCUUUGGACAACACGACAGCGGAAGCAGUGAGUAACGAGGACGCGUUGAGUAGCGAGGAGGCCGCAGCGCUGCUGGAUAUGGAGGUGGCGUGGAGUUUGGACCUGGCUGAUUGCAUGGGCGGGAACGAUGCGGGGCUGUCUCUGCUGCUGGAGGGCAGUCUGACGCACAGCGCCAGCGUGCAGGAUCUGGACGAGAUCUCGUGCGCGCUCUUCGACGGUGAGGAUGAGGCGCUGCUCAUGCAGGGCGCGUUUGACUUGCCUGCGUGCUUUGGAGGGCCGCUGCAGGAAGGGGAGGAAGGGGAGGAGGGUGGAGAGGAAGAGGCGCAGCUGGAGGGGAGGGGAGAGGAAGGUGCGCUGGUGUUAACUGCCUCUGUGAGGGUGAGUGGGUGGUCUGAUGGCAGCAGUGAAGAGGCAAUUCACUGCCAGACCGGAGGCAAGCAGAGGGUGGCAGAGGGGGACAAGGAACAGGAUGACGUGCUACCACACCUGCCGGAGGGGUGCUUGGAGGGCAUGGAUGGGUUAGAGUGCAUGGGAGGGUUGGAGGAUGUGGAUGCGUUUGGGGAGGAGGAUCUGCUGGGCGGGGAGUUGGAGCUGAUGGAUGCGUGGGAGGUGGACGGCGUGUCGCUGGACUUUAUGGAUGAGCUCGAUAGCGUGCUGCUCAUGGGCAGUGGCUCGCACUCUGGCAGCAAUGCUGCCUCCGCUCUCACACACCUCUUCCCACCUUACAGAACCAGAUCUGCCAUAGGUACGGGAGUUUCAGAAAUGCGCGUUGUCAUGCUAGGGUUGGACGCAGCAGGCAAGACGACAAUCCUCUACAAGCUCCAUAUCGGCGAGAUUCUCUCAACUGUCCCCACUAUCGGCUUCAACGUGGAGAAGGUGCAGUACAAGAACGUGCAGUUCACCGUGUGGGACGUGGGGGGCCAGGAGAAGCUGCGCCCCCUGUGGCGCCACUACUUCAAUAACACAGAUGCCCUGAUCUAUGUGGUGGACUCUCUUGAUAAAGAGCGAGUGAAGCAAGCAGCUCGUGAAUUCCAGACGAUAGUGAGCGAUCCCCUCAUGCGCAACAGCGCCAUCCUUGUCUUCGCCAACAAGCAAGACCUGAAAGGCGCGCUGUCGCCAUUGGAGGUGUGUGAGACGAUGGGGCUGCAGCAGCUGCGGAACCGUUACUGGCACAUUCAGGGCACAUGCGCUCCCAAGGGCGAGGGUCUCUAUGAGGGGCUGGACUGGCUUUCAAACACUCUCAAGACCAUGCAGGCCAAGGGCCUGCCCACCUCUGUCACGUCUGCUGGGGCCCCGUGA